AUGAGCCUGGGUGCAGCUGGCUUCACGUCUCUGCUCCACGUACAGGCAUGUGACCUUGGGCACCCUGGCCAGAACUCACGGAGCCGCCCAAGAGCACUGAUCGCUGUUUGGCGCAACUGUUCAUCUGUAAAGCUGGUCACUGUUCUCUCUGCUGGCUGCACAUCCCGUGCAAAGCUGUGCCGAGCCGAGGAGGAACACAGAACGCACGGCUCUCUCCACAAGCCCCGCACCCUCUUCUGCCCCGCUGCAAGCGAAUGCACCACCCAGAAGCCUGCUUGUUGCCCGGCAUUUUCCCAUUCCGCCGCGUCCGUCAGUCCCCACGCCCAGCCAAUCCUACCCCUGACGGUCGCCGAGUCUGCCGAACUCCAUCCUCGGGCCCCUUCCCUAGUCAGCACCCUUCCUCUCCGGGACCGCGGACUGCGGCCGCCGCCUGGCACACGCUGUGCCCCCAACCCUGUCUCCCCUCGUGGUCAGGCUCCCCGCGGCUCCUCCCUUCCCAGCCCGGCGCGUCUAGGCCACCAAAAGCCCGGCUAUUUCCAGACCCUUAACAGCCUAUCCCGUCGCCUCCACCCGGCCCCCCGGCCCCGGUCAGGCCCCUCCGCUCCCUCCAGGCCGCUCCCGGGUGGCGGCGGCUCUCAGGGACAGCGCCUGCGUCCUACGCUCCAGGGCGGAGGCCGCCUCCCGUCGGGCACCGCGGCGGCGAGGGCGACCCGGAAGCCGAUCCCGACGUGCAGGCCAGAGGGCUGA